GGAAGUUCCUAGGCCAGCCUGUCACGUGGGAGGGAGGCUCCGCGCCCAGCUCGCGAUCAGGAAGCAUGGCACUCUGGCGGGCAUACCAGCGGGCCCUGGCUGCUCACCCGUGGAAAGUACAGGUCCUGACAGCUGGGUCCCUGAUGGGCCUGGGUGACAUUAUCUCACAGCAGCUGGUGGAGAGGCGGGGUCUGCAGGAACACCAGAGAGGCCGGACUCUGACCAUGGUGUCCCUGGGCUGUGUCUUUGUGGGCCCUGUGGUAGGAGGCUGGUACAAGGUUUUGGAUCGGUUCAUCCCUGGCACCACCAAAGUGGAUGCACUGAAGAAGAUGUUGUUGGAUCAGGGGGGCUUUGCCCCGUGUUUUCUAGGCUGCUUUCUCCCACUGGUAGGGGCACUUAAUGGACUGUCAGCCCAGGACAACUGGGCCAAACUACAGCGGCUAUGGCCUGCUGUGCAGUUAGCCAACUUCUACCUGGUCCCCCUUCAUUACAGGUAUGUUGCACCCCUACCCCACCCAUCAAGGAAGACCCACGUUACCAACAGUUGGAGACAAAAUGAUUCUCAUUUCAACCUUGAGCUACCUUAGACCCCCAAACGGAACACUGAGCCAUGAUCAGAGUUCCUCAGAUUCCCAAGCGUGUUAUUCAGAAUGUCUUGCCAUUUCCAGAAACUGUCCCAGAGUGUCUGCCCACUGACCUUCUUCAUCUCCCUAGGGAGGAUCCUGCUUCUACCACCCUUGUCUCCAUCCCACCUGAGCUGCGUCUUUGAUGGCAUAUCUGGAGGGACAGUGGCUGGGGUGCUGCAGCCUAGGUUAGACAGAGAGGUAGACCAGAAGGCCAAGUAGGAGCCUGGCCAGACACUCACGAUAAAGACAGUUGCUGAACUGCACCCAAAAAGAUAGCGGAACUGAAGAUGUGUGGUUCAAAUGCUUGAAGGUGAAGGAUCGUGGGAACGGGAAAAUAUGGAACGCUUCAGAGGGAACAGGGCCAAAAUGUACAUGAAUAGCAUAGCUAAAACGAAUACAGACUGGCUGGGCACGGUGGCUCUCACCUGUAAUUCUAGCACUUUGGGAGGCUGAGGCAAGAGGUUUGCUUGAGUCCAGGAGUUUGACACCAGCCUGGGCAAUAUAGUGAGACCUCAUCUCUACAGAAAAUACAAAAAGUUAGCCAGGCACAUGGUAACAUGUGCCUGUAGUCCCAGCUACUCGGGAGGCUGAGGUGGGAGGAUCACUUGAGCCUGUGAGAUGGAGGUUGCUGUGAACUGAGAUUGUGCCACUGCAUUUCAGCCUGGUGACAGAGUGAGACCCUGUCUCCAAAAAAAAAAAAAAAAAAAAAAGGCUGGACACAGUGGCUCACGCCUGUAAUCCCAACACUUUGGGAGGCUGAGGCAGGUGGAUCACAAGGUCAGGAAUUCGAGACCAGCCUGACCAAUAUGUUGAAACCCUGUCUCUACUAAAAAUACAAAAAUUAGCUGGCUGUGGUGGCAGGUGCCUGUAGUCCCAGCUACUCGGGAGGCUGAGGCAGGAGAAUCGCUUGAACCUGGGAGGCGGAGGUUGCAGUGAGCCAAGAUCUUGCCACCGCACUCCAGCCUGGGCAACAGAGCGAGACUCCGUCUCAAAAAAAACCCCAAAAAACAAAAAAGGAAUACAGACUUAUGAACCAAAUCCUAAACAUUAGGGUCCUUUGCAACACUCUUUGAAACCAGAGCAAGGUUAAUUUAAAACAGAAAGAUGCUACUUUAUAUGGUAGUCUGUACAUUUUGGAAGAUGAAAUCUCAGCUGGUACAAGACAGAUCAAUGAACUUAGAAGGGGCCCAGAUAGGGGCCCUUUCUGUGAUUAACAGAGCUAUGCAUGGCAAGAGAGCCGCUGAAUAUUUAGCCUUUGAGGCUCUCAGCCAGGAAACAGAGCUCUGGGAUGGCACUAGAAUUUGAGCCAGUUGUCCUUUAGUGCAAGCCACACAGGCCCUUCAUAGGGUGCUGAAGGGGCUGGGUGUGGUGGCUCACACCUGUAAUCCCAGCACUUUGGGAGGCCGAGGUGGGUGGCUCACUUGAGGUCAGGAGUUCGAGACCAGCCUGGCCAACAUGGUGAAACCCUGUCUCUCCUAAAAAUACAAAAAUUAGCCAGGUGUGGUGGAGCACACCUGUAGUCCCAGCUACUUGGGAGGCUGAGGCACGAGAAUCGAUUGAACCCGGGAGGCAGUGAGCCAAGAUCGUGCUACUGCACUCCAGCCUGGGCGACAGAGGAGACUCCGUCUCAAAAAAAAAGGUGCUGAAGGAAAGAGACCUAAACCUGCCAAUCCUUUGUCAUGAUCCCUCCUUUGCCAUUUCAUGCUCCCAUCUCCAGCCCUUGCUCACUGCUUAGCCUUCCUCCUCUUCAUCGUGUUAUUCCUGUUCCUUAGGUUGGCCGUUGUCCAAUGUGUUGCUGUUAUCUGGAACUCCUACCUGUCCUGGAAGGCACAUCGGCUCUAAGCCUGCCUCACUCCAUCGUUUCUACCUUGCAGUGAUGCAGCUUGACCCUGGAACGGUCAGACAACCUCCUCAAAGUGGGCAUACCAGUUUCCACGGGGUUGGGUUGCCGGUCAGAGCUUAAGAGGACUAGCACCCUGCAAUGCCCCUCUUCACUCUAAAAUGUACACUGACUGCUUUAGAGCCCUUGAUAAUAGUCUUAUUCCCACCACAUACUAGGCACUCCAUAAAUAUCUGUUGAACCUUCAUGACCUUAUCAACUUUACACCCAUAUCCCAGCAAAUGCCACUCAUCCCCACUCUUCAUAGACACAUUUGUUACUCUAACCCUGCCUAGGCUUCUUGUAGCUCCAGCUCUUUAGAGACUCCCGGAACCCUUUACAUGGUGCCUCAGUAAAUAUGUUAUUAAAUAUGUAAUCCGGAA